AUGUACGCCCAAAAUGAGGACAAAUUUGACAUGGGCUCUGAGAGCUCAUGCUCGUCGCUCAAUGAGAUUCCAAUGGAAAUGGACCUUACCGCUUCUGGGCCACCGAUCUCGGACGACGAAACUGAUUUGGAAACACGAGAGCGCAAAUAUAUCACGGUUAUGGUAAUUUGGUACCAACCACAACAUCUGGAAGAGUAG